UUUGGAACUGAAUUAUGACUUCUUUUGCCAAAGUGUUAUAUCACUUCAAUCACCAAGCAUAAAAAUGAAGCAUCUUCUAUUAUUUGCGUCUUUAGGUUCCUAUUUUGUUAUAGCUUCAGCCCUAAUGUGCUACAAAAAAUACUUACGGUCUACCGUGGACCCCUUGGAAUCUAUAAAAUGCAAUGAGACUGAACAGUGUUACAAACAAGUUGGCUCCUUCCCCAAGUACACCUUUUAUAUUAAAGGGUGCAUAGCUUCCUCUUUGUGCGGCCAGGUCUUUACAAAAAUGAUUAAUGGAAACAGCGUGACCUUCAGAACGAUUUGCUGUGCCACAGAUUUGUGCAACGGAAGCUUGCAAAUGGGACCAUCACUUGUGACAGGCUUCAUGUUGAUGUUUGGCUGGUGUCUAUUGCACGUGUAAAGAUUGGGAUUCUUGCUGCAGUGCUGGAGCUGAACAGACAGAUUGCAAUGCAAAUGUACUCCUUCCUUCCUCACUUGCGGCAGCAGUAAGAUCGGGUGUAUUCCUAAAUUGGAAACAAAAUAAUCAAGGUAGACCAACAAAAUAGGGAUACAGCAAUUCCACCAUUGCAGUCUUUUUAAAUAAUAUUUCAAUUACUGUGGUCCCUAGGUCACCCAACGAAAUAAAGAAACUUGUUAGUGCAGGUGAUAACAGCACGUUCUAAGAUCAAAGUGAGUUGUUAGUACAAUUGAGUGGUUGACUCAGUUGCUUCAAAAACAUUGAGAACCAACCCUAUUGGAUAGGUUACAGGUGGAAAGUUGCCAGAAAGCCCAGAGGUUUCUAUUGAUUCCAAUUUACCGACUCACACUGUUGCGUUUGGAUGGAUGGCCUCGGGGCCAUAUCGUAACCAUGAUAUCGUCACAUCCCAAGCUCUGCAAACAUUCAGUUUUUUCAUGUUCGCUAGCUACCAACGAACUUACUGGUUUUCCAACAGUGAAAACAGCCACCCUGUUUUCACAGCGAAGCUCCAGUCCACCUCACCAGUUUUACCCACUCGAUGAAACAAAUUGACAGGAUAAUCUCCUCAAUCCUUCUGCCCCCCCGCAGAAAUGUGGAGGUUGGAGUACUGGUGUUACACACUGCCUUUACCCUCUCUUUCUGACUGCAUGUAAAGCCAUCUUCCACCCAUGUUUAGAGUGUUAUAUUAAAGUUCCUACUCUGAUUAUUCUGAGAUGAUUGUCACUACUAACACGGUUGUAACCCUUCCCAAAUCCACCCUCACUGCCCUAUUUUAUUGGUCUCAUCUAAGAACAGUUUCUGGCGGAGGUCACUGGUCGUCAUCAGGAACAGGGAUCUAGACAGGACUUUGCCUGGCCUAGGGAUAUGAGAAUCACUAGGAGCCCCCAAGAUGGACUCAUGUUAGCUAACUCAGUGUGAUGUUCAAAGAAUCGAAUCGGCGAUUUUCAUGCUGAUGAGAGUUGUGUUUAAAAUAGCGAAAUCUGCUACCAGCUGACAACUGAAAAGCUGUACAUUUUCUUGCAAUCUUACAGGUUAAUUUUGCUGUUGGAAUUUCAACAUUCUUUUUGUUAUGA